UAGACACACAGAAAGAGAGAGAGAUACACACACCCCUAUAGUAGUACUCUCUGGGCCCUCGCGUGGCAGCCGCACUCUUAAAGGCAAAGGAGGCGCGCGUAAGGCGGUUUUGUGAAUGUGCGUAAGGGGGGGGUGGCGAGAGUGUGUGCAAAGAAGGAGCAGCAGUGACGGCAGGGCGUAAGUCGUCGUCGUCGUCCCGCAGCAGCAGCAGCACUGCAGAGAGAGAGUGGGAGGAGGAGGCGGCACCCCGCGCGCGCGGCGGUUUGGUACCGAGCGGAGAGGGCGAUGCACACGGCACUCUCGGGCUGAGAAAAUAGAAAUGACGGUACAUAUGCACACACAGUUUUGCCUCAUAUGUUUGCUGACAUUUGUAUUUCACCAAUGCCACCAUUGCCAUGGCCAUGGUGCUGAAAAAGGCCAAAGUAACAACCACCAUAGUGAUCAGGUCUCAAACAUGCCGUAUCUCCAGAAUGGAAGGACAGAACCUGCACCUAGUAAGGAAGCUGAGGAGGAACAGAAAUAUUAUAUUGAAAAACUCUUUGAGUGUUAUGGUGAAAAUGGGAGAUUGCAUUUUUGGGGUCUGGAGAAAUUGCUGAUGAACCUUGGGCUUGGCGAAGUCAAAGUAGUGGAAAUAAAUCAUGAGGACAUUGGUCACGAUCAUGUUUCUCACUUAGAUCUAAUAGAGGUACAAGAAGGAAAGCAUUCUCAUUCCCAUAGCCAUCCCCAUCCCCAUAGUCACUCAGGCUCAGAAAACCAGACUCUGAAUGAAGGGCCUACCAAAAGAAACCAGAAGUGUGACCCUGAAAAAGAAGUAACAGAGCCAUCUCUGAAACCUGGUGGAAAACACACCCAUGGCCAUAAUGGCCACCAUAGGCACCGCCAGCGCUGCCACUGCCACCACCCACACCAUCACCCGGGCCAUAAUGGUAGCCAUCAUUCUCAUAAUGAUUCUAUUAGUGCCAGCGAUCAUGGGGAACCAAGUCACGAGCCUUCAACAGAAACCAACACUACUCAAGAACACUGUGAAAUAAAACCAUGCAAGGAAAAGAAGAGGCGGAGAGACAAGAAGAAGAACAGUGAGACCGCUGUUGAAGCCAUGCAAGAUUUUACUCCUGAACAUGACUCCAAUGAGCAAUACAAACACAAUCGUGUUCAAAAAGAAGACCACGUGCAUGAAGGACCUUUGUCACGUGUGCGGUUUCAUGAUAAUGACCAUUCACCCACUCGUGGGCAGCAAGAUUCAAAUCCUGCCAGUGGAGCCAGCUAUCGGCAUGCUAGCAAGCGUGAAGCCCCUCAUAAUCACAAUGGCAUGAAGAAGCAUGUUCAUAAGGACCAUAACAAAAAUGAAGAUUAUCACGAAGAGUGCUUAAAUGUCACCCAGCUGCUAAGGCAUUAUGGCCUUCGCCCCAGUUCUCCCAUUUCUCCAAGCUUGUUUACAUACCUGUGUCCUGCAUUGCUCUAUCAGAUUGACAGGAGACUUUGUAUUGAGUAUUUUGAGGAUUUAUUGAUUGAAGACUUGAAUAAAGGCAAAAAUGCAUCACUUGGGAGUGUGAAUAAAACAGGUGCAUCAGCCUGGAUUUGUGGUCUCAUUUCUAUCACGGUCAUUAGCCUGCUGUCCUUGCUAGGUGUGAUCUUGAUUCCUAUAAUUAACCAAGGGUGCUUCAAAUUUCUCCUCACCUUCCUGGUUGCUCUUGCGGUGGGAACAAUGAGUGGAGAUGCACUACUACAUCUGUUGCCACAUUCCCAAGGGGUGCACAACCACAGUCACCAUGAAGGCCAAGGUCACCACCAGCAUGAGCACCAGCAUCUCCAUAGCCAUUCCCAUGGACAUGGGGGACUGGUCCACAGCUUCCUAGAAGAGUACGAUGCUGUACUGAAGGGACUGGUGGCACUUGGUGGGAUUUACCUCCUGUUCAUUAUCGAACACUGCAUAAGAAUGUUCAAGCACUACAACAAACAAAAGACUAAGCAGAAAUGGUGCAAGAAAAAACAGAUGGUUGAUGAAUCACCAGUUGGGAGGAAACUUUCAGAUCAUAAACUAAACAGGCCCGAUGCUGACUGGCUUCAGCUCAAGCCUCUAGCUGGGGCAGAUGAUUCUGUGUUAUCCGAUGAUCGACUUAAUGAAACUGAACUAACUGACCUUGAAGGGCAAAUGGACUCCCUGCCGAAAGCCUUCCUGUCUGUAGAAGAAGAAAACAGUAUGCUCCAUUCCCAUAAUGAUGUUUCCCAUGCUGUUCAGGACAACGAUCUCCCUCACCAAAGCAACCACCGAGCAGACAAGAUCAUCAUGAGGAAACACAACCACCUUUGGUCACACAAGCACUCCCACCAUUCUCACGGACACUGUCAUUCUGGGAAGGACCUGAAAGACACAGGCAUAGCAAACAUAGCCUGGAUGGUGAUCAUGGGAGAUGGUAUCCACAAUUUCAGUGAUGGUCUGGCCAUUGGGGCAGCUUUCAGUGCUGGCUUGACAGGAGGAAUCAGCACCUCUGUAGCAGUAUUUUGUCAUGAGCUUCCCCAUGAAUUGGGCGACUUUGCUGUGCUGCUGAAGGCAGGCAUGACUGUGAAGCAGGCCAUUGUUUACAAUCUCCUCUCGGCCAUGAUGGCUUAUGUAGGAAUGCUCAUAGGAACAGCCGUGGGACAGUAUGCCAAUAACAUCACCCUCUGGAUCUUUGCAAUCACUGCUGGCAUGUUCCUCUAUGUAGCCCUUGUGGACAUGCUUCCAGAGAUGCUUCAUGGGGAUGGCGACAAUGAAGAGCAUGGCUACUGUCCAGUGGGACAGUUUAUCCUUCAGAAUUUAGGAUUGGUCAUGGGAUUUGCCAUUAUGCUGGUGAUUGCCCUUUAUGAAGACAAAAUAGUGUUGGACAUCCAGUUUUGACCAUUUGCAGUACUUAACUGUGGUUACAACCACGUUACUGUAUGGCUUUUCAGUCUGCACUGUUGUACUGUAUGCACAUUUGUUCCCAGGCAAAGCAGUAUGGCGUGUGCUACCUUACAAGUAACAGUAUUCUGGUGUCUGUAUAAACAAGAUCCUGCUUUCUAGCCAAACACACACACACACACACACACACAGCCUGGUUGAAUGAGGUUCAGCUCCCCAAAGGUCAGAUCUAGGUUUGAUUUCAUUUCUAAUUGGGGCAUGUUGGAAGCAGGAGAUCUAACCCCAAUGCUCAGGAUGCUGUUAACAAUUGUAUUGGAGAGUCUCCCCUGCCCCUUGCCAGCUUACUGUUGCACUGUGCUAUUGAGGUCAAAUUGCUGACAAAGUCUUUUGUGUAAUACUUAAGCAAAUGUGACAUGCUCACCCUCUGCCAAGAGCCAGAGCAUGAAGUUCCAAGGUGUACCAUCCUUGACAGGUGGCCCAUAGGCUUUGUCACAGCUUCUGACCUCCCACCAUGUACGCAUACACAGAACAACAAGAAACAAUCCAGAAAUGCAUGACUGGAGAGUAUUCUGGGUGCUUGGGGUUGCAUUUUCUUUUUAAAAAAUAUUUAAAAUGAAGGGUUUCAAGCUUGUUACUUGUGAAUUGCCUUUUGGCAGUAUCAGGGGUGCAUCCCUGCACCUCCCUGCUCUGGACAUUGUUUCUUAAUAAUGUUCAGUCAGCUGUUCUGCACUGUGCUGAAUGGUCAGUGACCAAAGUGAAACUAUGUAUUCUCUUGGAUCAGAUCUUUCACUUCAGUUUUCUCACCCUUCGCUCAGUCCUUUUAGAGGAAGAGUCUGGAUCUUCAGCCCUCCAGAGGCUCCUGAACUGCAUCUCGCAGCUUUCCUCACCAUUGACUAUGUCAGCUAUGGCAGCUGGGAGUUGCAGUCCAACAUCCUCUGGUGGGCUGUGUGAUUUUUAACCCUAUUUGAGAAGUUGGAAAAGUUGAUUUGUUGAGGUGACAACAUCCAGAAAUUAACUUUUCCAAAUUCAGCAGUCACUGAGCAGACCUUCUUACCUGCAGUCACUGUUGUCUCCUUUGUCUACCCCCAUUAGCUCCGCAGUUUCAGGCUCCCUUGGGAAAGAGGACAACAGAUCCAGGAACCUCUUUCCCUGGAUGAGAGUCAUGCCGUGGUGCAUUGUUGUCCUUUGGAAGUCCAAGAAAGCAAGCUGAGGAUUUCUGCCACAGGCUUUAGAGGGCUAGGUUCCCAACAGUUGGGGUUUGAGAGAGGUGACAGCUAGUAGGUAUUUAAUGUUGGCUUGUAGAUUUUUGUUAGCAAAAUGCCAAAUUGUUGAUACUGCUUUUGGACUCUUUCUUUUCCUCUUUCUUUCUUUUUCUCUUUGGUCCUUUUGUUGCAUUACCAUGCUAUGUAGCAGUGCUACUCAAAACCUGAAAUUGUGUUAUUGUUUUCCUCCCUCCUAUAAUGAAGCGCAUGCAUUGGAUUUCUUUGGUCAUGACAGCCAAAUUUGUUCUCACAUUAUAACCUUAAAAUCCAGGCUGAGAAGAGCUGAUCCAGUGCUCCUCAGAAGCAGUCCUGGUGACUGUUUACAUAAUUCCCCAGUACAGUUUUGAAUGUAUUACGUUGAAUGCCUUGCCACCUUUGCUUCGAGCCAUUGCUAGGACUUGGGGUUUCUGUAAAUAAAAAGGCUCACUCUUUGGCAUUGGCUACGCAAGCAUUUUGGUUACUUUUUAUUACACAGGGCUUGUUCCUAUGUUGCUGCUGCAGUUAGGCUUUUUCUGUAACAUAGGAACUCUGCGUCAUCCAAUUGAAAGGGCAAGCUGGGUACAUUCUUGCCUCAAAGGUAACAUCUUCCAGGGAAUUAAAGUAACCCCGUUGCCUUGUUUUAGUCUCCCAUGUUGACUGCAGAGUUCCUGUAUUACUGAAACAGUAUGGGAAGCAUAGGUACCGCAGAGGCAAUGUAGGAGCAAGUCUUUAGAUUAUAAUAAAGCAUGUUGUAGACUCAUGGUGGAUGUGGCUUGGGAGGAUGGGCUCAGCCAAAAGCCUUAACCAGCAGAGAUCAGCUUUAAUACUACAUUGUCCAGUGCCAAGCAGCUUAUAUUGCUAGGUACAGAUUGGUCUUCUCUGUAAUAUGAUAGUGGGCACUUGUAAGAAGUGCACACCCUGUUCAUUUUCCUGUUUGAUGCUAACACAGCCUAAUAGUAUUAACAUUAGCAUGGCAGUUGCUUUCUUCCAACAUGCUGCCCUCUCUCAGUUCAUCUCUUGAUACAGGAGUUAAGCUGAGUAGGUACAGGUUGGCACUGGUAGUUAGGCUCAUGUCAGGUAGCUCCUAAAGAUGAGCUAGGUUGGGAAAUGGAACAAGGCUUCAUUCCAAAUUAAAAUCAGCUUUUCUUUUGGAUUCUUCCAGUUCAUUUCUCUUAUCAUUCCUCUUUUUUUUUAAAGAAAAAUAAUAUGUGACCACUGUUGUCUACAUUAAAGGUAUGUUAAAUGCCUUUUGUUAGGCCUCUUUUUAUGGUGGUGAAGGUUGGAAUAGUGUUAAGUGUUGACCAUAUUUUUUACCAGUUGGUGUUCAGACCAGGGCUCAAAUCCUGCAAGCAUUUACCAUUCUGGGUCCUACUGAGUUGGUCUUGCCCUCCUCACUGCAGAGGGUACCCUUUUUAAUGGAGCCAGAGAAAAGGACACUGAACUCGCGUUGAAAUAAGUGGUACUUUCUCUUGUCUCUGGCUUGGAGAUUCCAACUCCAUUUUAAUUAAAUUUGCCAAAUAAAAAGAAAGGUCAUGGCAUUGCUGAAGUGACUUUUUUUUUAGCCAAGAAAAACUUCUGAGGGAUGGUGGGGUGGGAAGAUCUGCUUUUUAAGGUUUAUUUUUGUAAUUAUGAAUAAAGCUUUCUCUACUUCAGGUAGUACCUUUCCCCCCAUUUUGCUGGCAUGUGGUAUUGUAUAAUGUUGCCUUGUCUAGGGAAACAAAACAAUAAUUUCAUUCUCAGUUACAAAAGUUGACCAAGAUGCACAAGUUGAAGAGCGGUAGGAUUUGCGUUUUCCUUCCCAAUGGGAUGCGUCCUUGUUUUUUGCAUACACGGUGUGUUAUACUUUGUGAAGAGUCAGACAGCAGUCAUGGCUUCUUCUGUUUCCUUGAGUACUGAAGUCCCAGAAUAUUUUGAAAUGCGAUAGUUUUAAUUCACAUUGGGGGCAGUUGGGAUUCCGCUACAUUUCUACCUGGCUUCAUCAUUCCAUUCUGCUGGAGUCCAGUCUCAUUUAAACAUGUACUUGUAGGAGGACAUAAAUGUUACUUGUAUUUUACAAUGCUGUCACUGUGUGACAUCCCAUGUUGAUCACACUGCACUCAAUCAGCUGUGAUAAUUAUUGCUUAGAAAAUGCUGUAGGUAUCCUAGGAGGCAGUGUGACUUCUUUCCUUAUGGUUAAAACAAUGUGAUUAUGGUCCUGAAAGAUAUUUGAGAUAUCAGCUGGGGUGGGGGGUGGUGUUUUUUGUUUGUUUGUUUAUAUCAGAAUCCAUUUUUUAAAGAAGAAAAAAAACCUAUCAAGCUGGAAAUGAUGAGAUGCUGUUUUUGUUCAUUGUCAACAGUGUUGUGUUCAUCUUAUGUAUGUUCCUUAUUCCUAAGGAACGUACAGAAAUAAAAUUAUUGAAUAAGCAAA